CUGGGCUGGGCCAACAGCUUUGGCUUCCAUCCAUCAGUGCAGCAGCCGGACACGGAGCCUCAGCUGGAUCCCUGCAGGCAGGAAUUCUGCUCUGCCAUCGCUCCGGACGGGGAAGGGGAGGGACUCCUGGCCUGGAGCAGCAGGGAGGAAGAAGGCUCCUAACAUAAGUCCUGCUUCGGUUCUGUGUUGAUCGUCAUCUCUGCUGCAGACGGACACGGGGCCGGGUUGGGGGCAGAGGGUCACAACCAGAGCCGGGGGGGGGGACUCCAUUUCUGCAGCAAAUGACGAGAAGAUUCCUCUUUGCAUUCUGCAGCUCCGGGAAAGGUUUGCCAGCAUGCAGCAGCAAGGCGGGGAAAGGAAAGAAGGAAAGCCAGAGCCACCAGCAGUGACGGGAGAUGGGAGCCAAGGCACGGACAGAGGGUGGGCAUGGGCAGCAGUGCUGCACUUCUUCCUGGUCAAUGUGUUCGUGAUGGGAAUGCUCAAAACCUUUGGCAUUUUCUUCGUGGCUUUCCAGGAGGAUGUGGGGGGCUCCUCAGAGCAGGUCAGCUGGAUUGGCUCCAUCAUGUCCUCACUGCGCUUCCUAGGAGCCCCACUGGUGGCCGUGGUCUGCAGGCGGAUGGGCGAGCGGCCGACCUCCAUCCUCGGGGCUGGGCUGGUCAGUGGGGGCUGCCUGCUCAGCACACAGGCCACCGGUGUCCCCUUCCUUUGUGUCUCCAUGGGACUCCUGCUGGGCAUGGGGUUCUGCUGCCUAUACCAGGCAGCAGCAGUGAUGACGGCCAAGCGUUGCAGGACCCGGCUGGCUUUCUCCAAUGCUGUUGCACGCUCAGGGAUGGGCCUCACCUUCCUGACUGCACCCUUCACACAGCUGCUCAUCGAUACCUAUGGCUGGCAGGGUACUCUCCUGAUUUUCAGUGGCAUCAUGCUGAACCUCGUGCCUUCCAGCAUGCUGCUGCGCCCCGUCCGCACCCAGCUGCCUCUGUGCCCCCCUGCCAGCAAUGAGGACAGGAGCUCAGUGCCCAAAGGACACCCCGAGGAAGCCACUAAUGGAGCAGCACAGCCUUCCCAGCCUCGGGGCCUUCCCAGCACAGAGCCACCUGCAGAGCCCUGCAGCACUGGUGCAGUAACAACAGCAGCACCAGGGGAAGCCCCCACUGACAGCUGCUGCCCCGAAACCAUCAGUGAGGCCACCAAGAGCUGCAGAUCCUUCCCGGUGCUCAAGGAGGAGAAACCGCAGCCUCUUGUUGAUUUCUCUCCCCUAAAGGAUCCCCUCUUCUUCAUUUUUACCUGGUCUUUCUUGUUCAGCCACCUGGCCUACUUUGUGCCCAUCUUCCACCUGGUAGCCAGAGCCAGGACGUUGGGCAUAAGCAGCAUGGAUGCCUCCUACUUCAUCUCAGUGGCCGGCAUCACCGAGACGGGCAGCCAGCUGCUCUCAGGCUGGAUUGCAGACCAGAAUUGGACCAAGAAGUACCAUUACCACGCAGCUUACCUGGUGCUCUGCGGCGUCACCAACCUGCUCUGCCCCCUGGCCACCACCUUUCCUCUGCUCAUGACCUAUGCUGUGGCCUUUGCCAUCUUCUGCGGUGGAUUCCUGGCUCUGGUGCUCCCUGUGCUGGUAGACCUGGUCGGCGUGCAAAAACUCCACAGCUAUUUGGGCUUUGCUUCCUUCUUUGCUGGGAUAGCAGCUGUUGGUGGACCUCCUCUAGCAGGGUGGCUGUACGACUACACGCAGACUUACGCCUGCUCGUUCCUCUUUGCUGGUGCCUGUGCUCUGCUCUCUCCUGUCUCCUUCUUUUUGGAGCCGCUGGCCCAGAGGUGGAAGCUGCAGAAAGCCAACGUUUCCAUGCAGAGUGAAGCCAUCCUGCAGGGCAGCUCGGGAAGGGCUGGCUUUGGUUGCAGCCACAGCCAGAUGCCUACCAGCACAGACCUGCAAUGUCAAAGUAAGAAUUGUUAGACGU